AUGACCGCUCAGAUUCAAGAAAUACCGCCAAUACCACAGGCGGCACCACUAGAACCUCCAGUUCCACCAAAGUCAUCCAAUCUUCUCCCGGUAACCUUCCAAAAUGACCCCGCUCCUCCAGAACUCAUAGCCCAAGGCGCCGAAGCCCUUCUCUACCGCACAACCUAUCUCCUCCCCAGCAUACCCUGCGCGCUUAAGUACCGUCCCUCGAAACCAUAUAGACAUCCCAUCCUCGAUACCCGGCUCACGAAACAUCGGAUAUUGUCAGAGGCGAGAGUGUUGGUGAAGUGUAGAAAGGAGGGCGUCCCGGUUCCGGCGGUAUAUGCACUAGAUGAGAAAGCCGGGUGGUUGAUGUUUGAAUGGAUAGAAGGGGAGGUUGUGAGGGUUAGGCUGAACGAGUGGCUGCGUAGAAGGAAGGGGGUUGAGGGAGGGAUACAACUGGGAGAGGAAUACUUGAGGGCCCUGAUGAGGAGAAUUGGGAGUGCGCUGGGGAGGAUGCAUGGCAUUGGGAUUGUGCACGGGGAUUUAACGACGAGUAAUAUGAUGUUAAGGCCGAGUAAGAACGAAGCUGUUAGUGCGGCGGGGGGCUCUGAGACUGAGGAUCAGAUAUUAGACGGGGAUAUUGUUCUGAUCGAUUUCGGACUCGCCAGUCAAGGUACGCAGGAUGAGGAUAGGGCGGUUGAUCUAUAUGUGUUGGAGCGCGCUUUUGCUAGUACACACCCGAGAGCAGAGCCGUUGUUUUCGGAGGUGCUGGAUGCGUAUGGGAAGAGUUUUAAAGGGGCUCAUAUCGUGCUGAAGAAAUUAGAGGAUGUUAGGAUGAGAGGAAGGAAACGAAGCAUGCUGGGUUAA